AUGAUCACCGCGGAAGAGGCUGCGUCUGCCCUCGGAUCUCCGGGGUGCUCGGAGCCGGCGUGGCCUUGGAAAGAUGCUCCCGUCUACGCGCUGGUCCAGCGGAUCCAUCAGCUCCAAGCCGAGCGCGCGCAGGCCUUCCGCAGGCUGGAGGAAGCCCACCGCCAGUAUGUGUGCAACGGCCCGCAGUACGACUUCCCGCGCUAUCGGGGCUCAGUGCACGAGGUGACCCAGGCCUUCGCCGCCGCCUCGCGGGAGGUUCUGGCCCUGGAGGCUGAGCUUGCGGGGCCCCGCGCGCAGCCACUGCUCGCCGGCCAUGUGCGAGCCCUGCAGCAGCUGGAGCAGACCCAUCUGGCCACGGUGGCCCUGCUGCAGUUGAUGAGGGCACCAGAACUGAAGGACCAGGAGAACACCUCACAGACGCACCAGCUGAAGAUGAAGGUAAUUAAAACCAUGGAGGCAAUCAGCGAGGUUCUCCAGGACCUCAGGUUUGAUGCAGAGUCUGCGGAGUGA